UCCUCAGAAAUAAUUUUUUUUUCUUGAUUUAGGGGAAGUGUAUACCUGGGGAGAUAAUGAUGAAGGACAGCUUGGAGAUGGAACAACUAAUGCCAUCCAAAGACCACGUUUGGUUGCAGCACUCCAGGGUAAAAAGAUCAACAGAGUUGCCUGUGGCUCAGCACAUACUUUAGCUUGGUCAACCAGUAAACCUGCUAAUGCUGGCAAGCUUCCUACACAGGUUCCUAUGGAGUACAACCAUCUACAGGAAAUACCCAUCAUUUCAUUGAGAAACAGGCUUCUACUGCUGCAUCACAUUUCAGAACUCUUUUGUCCUUGUAUUCCAAUGUUUGAUCUUGAAGGAAGACUUGAUGAAACUGGCCAAGGACCAUCAGUUGGGUUUGACACACUACGGGGAAUACUGAUAUCACAGGGAAAGGAGGCAGCUUUCCGAAAGGUUGUGCAAGCAACUAUGGUGAGAGAUCGUCAGCAUGGGCCAGUUGUUGAGCUCAAUAGAAUACAGGUAUCCAAAGUUUGGUUUUUAGUACAUAUGUUUAGUCACCAGUGCUUAACAUUCUUCAGGUCCCUUCGUGUUUCAGCUGUUUGGUGUCUGAGUACUGCGGACUCGGGUUUACGUUGGUGGAUACAACAAUGAAGCUUUUUUUCUUUU